AUGAAGGUCGGCGCAGCUGCUCAAGGCCCGUGCGCCCUCGUCGCCAUCCUCCUCGCGUCCGCCGUCGCCGUCUCGGCGCAGUCCACGGCGGCAGGCUCGCUCGCUGCGGGACCUGAAGGUCAAGGCGACUGCACGGCAUCAGGCUCGAACGCCUUCCUCUGCUCGAACGGAGCCUUCUGCACCUGGGAAGCCGCCUCAUCCUCGUUCGCUUGUGUCGGCGGUACCGGCACGGUCGACACGACGUCGAGCGCCAGUGGGCCGAGCGAGAGCGAGUGCCCGGGCGCGACGCUGCACGAGGGGCACUACGACUGCUCGGACGGCGGCUUCUGCGAGGAGGUCGACGGCGCGUGGGUCUGCGAGGGCGGCUCUUCCGAGGCUGCGAGCGAGAGCGGGACGUGCGUCGUGCAUGGUGGUCACACACAUGGCGACUGCUCCAACCAGUGCAACGGCAUCGACCUGGGCGAGUACAACAUGGAUCUGCACAUCGUGGCGCUCUUCGUCGUGUUCGUCUCGUCGCUCCUCGGCGUCCUCCUACCGGUCGUCUGUGCCAAGGUGCUGCGAGGGUCUAUCUUCUCGGGCGUCUUCUUUGCCGCCAAGCACUUCGGUACGGGCGUCAUCGUCGCGACAGCUUUCGUGCACCUCCUGUAUCACGCCUUCGUGAUGUUCUCGAAUGCCUGCCUCGGAGAGCUAGCCUUUGAGCCCGCCGCAGCAGCGAUCGCCAUGGCUGGCACCUACCUCGUGUUCGGCAUCGACUUCACGGUCAUGCGGUGGCUCAGGAGCCGCGGACCGGCCUCGCCCGUCUCGCCCGCCGCGACGCUCAAGGAAGAGGAAUCCGAGGAGGGCGAAAAGCGCACGAGCGACCUCGGGCACUGCCACGGACCGUCGCGCCUCGUCGAGACCGACUAUGCGUCGCCGCAAGCCCACUUUGACGUCCUCAUUCUCGAAGCAGGCAUCAUCUUUCACUCGAUCAUGAUCGGCUGUUCGCUCGGCGCGUCGGGCGGCUCGCAGUGGAUCCCGCUCUUCAUCGCCGUCGUCUUCCACCAGCUCUUCGAGGGUCUCGCCCUCGGCAGCCGCAUCGGUCAGCUCGUCUGGCGGGACGGUCAGGGCUGGAAAAAGUGGGCAAUGGCGGGCGCGUUCGGCCUCAUCACCCCUAUCGGCAUCGCCAUCGGCAUCGCCGUCCACGCAAGCUACAAUCCCAACUCGGGCGCAGCUCUUCUCAGCAUCGGCGUCCUGGACUCGAUCUCGGCCGGCAUCCUCAUCUACGCAGGUCUUGUUGAGAUGCUCGCGCACGACUUCAUGCACGGCGAGCUCGCCCACGCGCGUCUGCCCAAGGUGCUCGCAGCCUUCUUCUUCCUCUUCGCCGGCUCUCUGUGCAUGUCGGUCCUGGGCAAGUGGGCGUGA